CACAGUCUUGUACUUAUGUGUUUGAAUAAGUGAAAACUAAGUGUACGGUGUACAGUGGACAAACAGUGUGACGUCAGAUAGUUUAAAGUUGACAAUGACGAAACAUAACGACAAGAAGAGCAGUCUGCUAUGCUGUUCGGGGCUUAUGUCAUCAUCCAUUGAGGAGCUGCAAGUCCGCCAUUCCCGGGAGUCCGCGCCAGAGGACAAGCUCAGCGACGACAGCCGCCCGCUCAGCCAUGCCUCCGACCUCAGCACGCCUAACAUACUGUCGCUCAGUAGUGCGCCUCGUCGUAGCCGGCGCGGCGUGGCACCGGCCUCGGACGCGCAACGCCCGCUCACGCGGUACUUACCCGUCGACCGCGAUGACUUCGAUUUACGCAGACAUGUUGAGUCCGCCGGGCAUCAGAUUGAAGUGUGCCCCUACGUGACCGUGAAUUCCACGUCGUGCCGCGGGUACCUGCUCAAGCUUGGCGCCAAGUUCCACACCUGGUCCAAACGGUGGUUCGUUUUUGACAGAGAAUCGAAAACGUUCGUCUACUACUGGGACAAGAGCGAGAAGAAGCCCAGGGGAGGCGCUUACUUCCAGGUAAUAGAAGAGGUCUACCUAGACCACGGGAACACGUCGAAAUCGCCCAACCCUCUCACAACGUUCAUCGUGAAAACACGCCAACGCAGAUAUUACCUCAUGGCGCCCUCUGGAGAAGCCGCGAGAAUCUGGAUCGACGUCAUAUUCACUGGCGCACAGGGCUACACUGAGUACUUAGAAUGACUUUUGAGUCACUUAAAAAAGUAAAAAAAACUGAAGGAUUUAUGUGGAAAAUAAAAACUGGUACAGCUAUUUGUACUGGUAAAAAUGGUUACAUAAUUUUGCCACCAGGCGGCGUUAGUGUAGCGCUGAAUACAUGAUUUUUUACAUGGACAGUGCGCUUUACAUGAAAAUGUAGGCAGAGUAGUUUAUGAUCUUUGCCUGUACCUUGCAAGUUAAAAAAAUUAAAAUAGUCCGACUAGCUUAUAGCGACAUCUAGUGAAAUAGUUUGCUGCUGUUGAAAUAUGAUAGGAAAUUGAAAUUAGUUGGAACUAUAUUCAAUUCAAUCACAACUAUUCUAACAUCACGAAUAUAGGUUUAUUCUUAUAUUUACUGACCCAAUCUUUGGGUUAAAAAAGUAGCUCAAUAUUUUACACCAUCUGUAUACAUGGUAGCUGUAAAAUCAAUUCACUUUCAUAGUGAUAUUUUCCAUCAAUCUAACUAAUGAAUUCGAUCAAUAUACUUUAUAUUUAUACACUGUGGUGUAUACGCGGUCUAUUAAAAGAUACAGAUUAUAACUGUAACCGUUUAAGAACUAACAAUUUACCUAAAAUAAUAGGUAACUAACAGCAAAAAAUUUGAGUGUUUUUCAAGUAGAAAACUUGAGUAAAUUAAAUGAUUAGGUUGUUGUGAUGUUUUUUAUAGUAAGUAGAAAAUAACAAUGUAAUUUUUUAACGAUUUACAUCACUAUUCUUUAAAUUUAAAUAUGGAAUUGAGCAUGAAAUUAAAACUUUUGUAAUCGACAAUAAAUGAAAUCGUGCCAAUAAAUAAGUAUAAUUUUACACAGAAUUUUACGCGACAGAGGCAGCUAUUUUUAUACAAAUUUACAGAAUUCAAAUUGGUGCCUUCUAUAAGACUGAAUUGUUACUUCUAGAUUGAAGUCUGAAAUUAGGACCUAGAUAGACUUGCCAGUCUAAAAAAACAUGAAAAUGGUAAGGCGAUAUUUUUGGAACUGGCAUUUCCACACUAAAUCAGAAAAAUUUAAUGAAAGUUGCUAUGCUAUAUACUUUUUUACUGUUUUAUCGCAAGUUUUAAAAAUUGCUGGUUACUUUUUAUGAUGAAUUAUGUCUGGAAAUAAUAUUUAAUUUACAAAAUAAUUGCUUUUGUAAUAUUUUAACAAUUUAGGCAAAAUAAAUCUCGCUGUGUUAUACCGUAUUUAUCAAAAUAUUUACUGAACCCGGUAUCUAGACUCGCCGUAAGAUACAUUUUAAACUUAUAAAUGUACCUUAAAUUGAAAUAAAAAAUGAAUGGAGUAUGUAAGAAAUUAAUUUUGCACGCUUACCUAUAUGAAUAUGCAAUGUUACCAUGGUAGUGUAUAAAUGUAUUUUAAUUAUUACGUAUGGUAACCCAUUUCGAGUGUUACCAAUCUUUGAAAAUGUUUUAUUUCUUUUCAAUAUUUAGGUAUUAUCGUAUUAUUCGCAUUUUAUUCAUGCAUCCUUUUGUAAUGGAUUUUCAUUAGAUCUUUUAUCUUAUUUUUUGAAUAUACACAUAAUAUUAUGUUAAUAUUAGUUUAUGGAACAUCCUAAUUGUGUAAUAUAGGUUAGUUUUUAAGUACAAAGUCGUGAUUUGUUUGCUCUUGGAUUACCAGUGUAUAAAUUAAGUUUUAUGGCUUGGAGAGUCUUGUAUUGAGUAGGUAAUAGCUGAUACCAACUUUAAAUAAGG